AGCUCUAGAUCAACAGUCUGACAACGCGCCAAGCGAAAUGCAAAUGUGAGCCAUUUACGACCUCCAAAAGUCUUGGCCACUUAUCCAACACACUUUGAUUUCACUUCCUCAGUUUAUUUGUCUCCUAGUUAUUGUGUCUUCUGUUUCACCGGCUAUCAGAGAUACAACUUUCCGCGCCAAAACUCGCCAAGAAACAUGCAUCGUUCAUAAUGUUCACACAUUCUUCGAGUGUGGAAAACUGCUUCUCUUCGUUGUAUGCAAAUUGCUCAAGAAACUCGAAACCUUGUUGUUGUUAAAGAAGAGUAGUAUCCUAACUUGCGGUUGAUUAUUCUAAAAAAUGGCAGUGCAAGCUUCUUGUAUGGAACUGGCGCUAGAGGGUGAACGACUCUGCAAAGCCGGUGAUUGUCGAGCCGGCGUGAGCUUUUUCGAGGCCGCGGUACAAGUUGGAACUGAAGAUCUCAAAACAUUGAGCGCUGUCUAUAGCCAGCUAGGAAAUGCUUAUUUUUAUUUACAGGAAUACGAGAAAGCUUUGGAAUUUCAUCGCCAUGAUUUAACUCUUGCAAGGACUUUGGGUGAUCGUGUAGGAGAAGCAAAGGCUAGCGGUAAUCUUGGGAACACUCUAAAAGUUUUGGGAAAAUUUGACGAAGCGAUCGUGUGUUGUACACGCCAUUUGGAUAUUUCUAGGGAACUAGCAGAUAAGAUUGGAGAAGCACGAGCAUUGUAUAAUCUCGGAAAUGUUUACCAUGCAAAAGGCAAGCACUAUGGCCGAAGCUUUGAUCAGGAUCCUGGUGACUUUCCUGAUGAGGUUAAGUCCUCCCUGGAAAGAGCUGUCGAGUUCUAUGAGGCCAAUCUAACAAUAGUCAAGCACUUGGGCGAUCGAGCGGCCCAGGGGCGAGCUUGUGGUAACCUAGGCAACACACAUUACCUUCUUGGGAAUUUUGACCUCGCUAUCAUGUUCCACGAGGAGCGUCUGGCGAUAGCUCGAGAGUUUAACGACAAGUCAGCGGAAAGGCGAGCCUGCAGUAACCUUGGCAACGCACACGUGUUCCUUGGGGAAUUCGAGAUUGCCUCCGAAUAUUACAAGCGGACUCUUCAGAUAUCAAGGGAGCUGGGAGACAGGGCUAUAGAAGCGCAGGCAUGUUACAGUCUCGGAAAUACAUUCACUCUGUUACGGGAAUACAAGGAAGCGGUGGCAUACCAUAUAAGACAUUUAGAAAUUGCGCAAGAGCUCGGAGACAGGGUCGGUGAAGGACGCGCGUGUUGGAGUCUGGGUAAUGCGCACACGGCGCUUGGUAACCAUGACGUCGCGUUGGAGUAUGCGCAGAAGCAUCUUGAAAUCUCGAAAGAGGUUGGAGAUCGUACUGGACAAGUCACGGCACAGAUGAACAUCGUCGAUCUAAAAGCCUUGUUAGGCGAUAGUGACGCGGCCUCUGGAGCUGACUCUGAAAUAGUAGAGUCCUCACCUCAGAGGAACACAAGCCCUGGAUCUAUUAAACAGUUGUUUCACCGCAAGCACAGUCGUUCCGAUGCUGAUAAAAGAAAAACGGAGGGCAAGGGAAGUCGUAAGAUAUCGGCCGGGAGGCCUGUGGAUGCAACGCAAGUUAAACUGCGUGUCACGCAACCCGAGGGUAAAAUUACCGACUCACUGGACGACAGCUUUUUCGAUCUUCUGAGCCGAUGCCAAGGCAGCCGAAUGGACGAGCAGCGAUGUUCGGAGCCUGAGGGGGGAUUCGACAUUAAUCGCAGCAGAAGCUCUGAGGAUUUGCUAGAAAUGGUGGCCAGGCUGCAGGGCGACCGAAUGGACGAACAAAGAUUCGAGUUGCACGACAGCGAGGAUGCUUACGGAGCAACUGCGGAAAACAAGCCGGUGAUACUGAAAAAGAAAAGAGAUGGGAGUGGUUCUAUAUCCGAUGACUUGUACGAGAUGGUGUUACGUAGUCAGGCCCACCGUCUAGAAGACCAGCGGAGUAACCCACCCCUACACAGACAGGCUCCAACGGUCCCGGAUGAAGACUUCUUCGGUCUCAUCCUGCGCCUGCAAUCCAACAGGAUGGACGACCAGCGGUCACAACAUCCAGACUCUUACAGGAACCAUCACCGUAAACACUGAUCUCGGAUUUUUUAAUCUUAUUUAGUCAUGUGAUCUAACUGAUCACGUGACACGCAGGCAAAGGUAGCCCAAGUAAUCGGAUUGUAUAGAUCAUGUCUAGACAAGUGGCACGAAAAUGCGAUGUCACCAGCCAAGAUGUAGAGUGCACGGAAUUCAUCGACAUGGCGUAUGUUGUCCUGGAAAUGUAGGAUCGUCCAGGAAAACUGGAAUUUCACCAAAGAACACUAGAAAUAUGUGUUGCAAUAUUGAAACAAGAUUAGUCGAAAUUUUUUGAUCGAGAUUCUUUAGGCGCGUUCUAAUACUCAUUAGACAAAGUUCCAAUCUAGAUUUAUUUUCUAUUUUAUUUUAUUUUUCGUAUUUCUCUGUCUAGUCACGCAAAACUAGGUUAUUGUCUAUGGGUUAAAGUUUAACCAUCCCAUGACAGGGCUGGCUCGAGCACUGGUUUUUAGAAAACUGAUAUCAUUAAGAGAUACAAAUUUCUUUUUUAGAACUUGUUAUUUUUAACUGUAGAUGAUCCUUUAGAAUUAGUUGAAAUACAAUGCCGAUAGUUAUUGGUAUUUUAAUCGCUGACAGCGUUAUUGUAAAUUACGUAAUCUUUAGUGUAGUGUAACUUGAAAAACUUUGCAGUAUAAUGUUUUCAUUGUAACCGCGCGAUUCUAAGCACUACUGUGUUAAUCAAGUUUGCUUGACCAAUCAGGAGUUUGAAUGGAUAUCAAGCCAGCCUUGACGACAUUUGAUUUUGUCUUCGCAGUGAGACAUUUUAAAGUAAAAACUGCAAUUUUCAUCGUGAAUAAAAAAGAAUUAUAAUCCCGCAAAGAUAUACCAUAACUCAGUAACGAGAGUAGACAAUGGGGGGAGAGUAGUCGGAUAGGGUUAGAUAUCCCAUGACAUUCUAUAUCAAAUUUCUUUAUAAGGUUUUGAUUGGCCUGGUCUUCAUAUGUAACGCACUUUAUUAAGGGUAUUGCGUGACAAAGUCCUACCUUACCCUGUCACGAAAUCUAAACGCUGAAACUAAAAAAAUGUAUUUCAUUUACCAGAAAGUGCGCGAAACACUUGUUUGACCUGGUUAGUAAAAAAAUUGACAACAGGGUGAUAUUUUGAACAGUCGGGAGAAUUGCUUUCUUACCGAUUGUUUGUUUGCACUGCUAAUGUUAACAUUGAUCGAGGAUCCCCCUAUUUGAAAGCAUGCGUUGUAUACAUAUGAAUAUUUUAUCAUUUUUAGUCGACUAUAUCUGACAAUUCUUAUCUUGUCACAGAUGCAUAUAUUUUUUGUACGCGGUUUUGUACAGUCUAUAGGCAUAUCUGAGUUAUAGUUUAGCAUUAUAGAGGUGGAUAUGAUAGUAUUAGAGUGAGAUGUUUAGCACAAAUAUGAGUCCAAUAAAAUUGUGAGCAAUCCA